UGCAAGCAGCAGAAAAUCGAAAAUUUGUGGACAUGAGGGGAAUUAUCACGGUGCUUCCUCCAACCAGGUGGCGUGAAACUUAGAUAUAAAAGACUGAACAUAGAAGUCAGCAGGGCCUUUUUCUGUACAAGAAGCAGAGCCAUUAUUAUCAUCUUCGUAAUUUUAUCGCUUCUCUUUGGUUUCUGCGCCCCACACGUCGAUCGUAGAGUAAAUAUGUCCAGAAGUGGUCUGGAAAUUAAAUUGGCUGUAAUUUUGAUAUUUUAUGGGCAAAAAUUUAAGAUCUAUAUUGACUACAUGUAAUAACUUCUUUUUCUUGUUGUUGUUGUUUUUGUUGUUAUUGUUGUUAGCCUCAAGGGCAACAUGCCGAUAAUCACUUAAGUCGCUUUGGACAAAAGUGUCUGCUAAAUGCAUAAACAUAAACAACAAUAAUAACAACAUGGCGUUUUAUUUACAGACUUAAAAUAAGACACUCACAUACAAUAAAAACGACUAAAUUUGUGACUUUAAACUAUUGGGCUCGUUUCACUUACAGCUUGAGUUCAAAUUAAAUGAAUAAACAAAUGCACGUAAACUGGUUUAAGGGAUUAUUUAAAACGCGCGUUUUAAAAAAAACUCACCAUCUUGGCUGAGUCUGCGUCUUUUGGCUGCUAAAUGACGCGCGUGAUGCUCACUUGAGCGCAAGAGACAGGCGGUUCUGUUUGCAUUGAGAUGUUAAGUAGGUGUCUCUAUAUAAAACUACUGUGGAUCGACUCCCUCACUGUGGGCUCGGAGAAGAAAACAGAUUAACUUCAAGGAAAACGACUAGGAAUAACAUAAUGGUGGCGACUACAGAGUGCCCAGAAAAGGCCAAACAAGCUACUGGAAACAAGGUUUCUAAACCACUGAUGGAGAAGAAGCGGAGAGCUCGCAUAAACCAGUGUUUAGACGAGUUAAAAUCUCUCCUGGAGACUUUCUACAGCAGCAGCAUUCGAAAGCGCAAACUGGAGAAGGCAGACAUCUUGGAGCUCACUGUAAAGCAUUUGAAGAACCUUCAAAAGACACAGAGUUGUGUUGCUGCUGCCUCUGAGUUCCCUGAUUACCAGCUCGGCUUCCGUUGCUGCCUGACAAACGUCUACAAGUACCUGUUGAUGGCUGAAAACCUGAGCGGGAGUGACCGCUGGAUGCUGUCGCAACUCUCCAACAAGCUGCGCCUCUCUAGGACAGCCUCCAGCACCAUGGACAGCGCCCCGGCCCAAAGUGAGCCACAUGAGACGAGGACACUUAACGCACCCGAGGAGGAGGAAACAGCCAAACCCAAUGAAGCUCACACACUCCAUAAUACACACAUUUCUCCUUUUCUGUCAAGAGAAGACGACAGACAUUCGUCCUGCAGCAAACAGGAGCAGAAAAAGUCUGAAACUCACAGAAGCUUCGAUCGUGUGGGUAAUAGGGCUGAUGUAAACACGGAGCUCGGUGUGUGGCGACCUUGGUAG